AUGUUUUAUAUCGUUUCAGUCGUUAUUAUUUUAAUACAAUCUACAUGCUUUUUGUCUGCAGACAUAUACGUUGAUAGAGAAGAAUUUUUAAAUAAUGGCUACUCUGAUAUAUUAUCGUCAAAAGAUAUUGACAAAUAUUUUACUUUGGUAACGACAAUCGAUAAACCAAUUCAUUUAAAAAAAUCUUAUGGUAUGCAAGAUUUAUCGAUUAAUUAUUAUCCUGGUACAAUGAAUAUUAUUUUGUCUGUUCCACACGAUGGUGAUUUAAAGUCAAAUUUAUAUACCCGACCACCAGGUGGCUGUAAAAAAAUAAAUUCAUCAUCAACAAAAUGUGUAUAUCAACAUCCAUGUACAAUGCCGUAUAAAAUGAAUCAAAUUGAUUGUCAUAUUCCACGAGGUCGUGAUACAAAUACACGUUUAUUAGCAUUAGCAUUAAGAUAUGAAUUAAAUCAAAUAAUGAAUUUAAAACCAUUUAUUAUUAUAAAUCGUAUUCAACGAUCAAAAGUUGAUAUGAAUCGAUUCAUUGACGAAGCAACAUUUGGUUCUGGAACAAGCAUGAAAGCAUGGAUGUUAUAUCACUUUUAUAUUCAACAUGCACGUGAAUUAAUUGUUCGAAACAUUGGUAAAGGUAUUUUGUUUGAUAUUCAUUCUCAAGAUCAUAUUGAAAAUUGGGUAGAAAUUGGUUACUCAAUAACGAGUAGACAGUUACAAAAUGGUAAAUAUUCAUUUAGGAAAUCGACGCUAACAUCGACACUACCAUUUAAUGAAACAGAACUCAUUACUGGUUACAAAUCAUUAGGAUAUUUUAUUGAAAAAUAUAAUUAUCGAGCAACACCGUCGCCGAGUCAUCCUAAACCAUCCUAUUCAUCUUACUAUGAAUGGGGCUAUAUCAUUGACGAAUAUGGAGCCAAAACGCGUGCAGAUAAUUUUAGUGCAAUUAUGAUUGAAUCUCCAUCGAAACAAUUAUUAAACAAAACACGUCUAUUUCUCUAUGCCAAAUCCUUGGCAAGAGCUUUAGCUGACUAUUUGAAUGAGCUAAAGAUGAUAAAAUUCAUCUGUUUUCCUCCAAAUCCUGGAUUACCCAAACUAAAUGUGAAACCUUAA